UUUGUUUUAGGAAAAGGAAACAAUCAAACUGGAAGAUAGAUUUAGAUUGAUUGAUUUAGGACCAAUCAGUUAAGAAGAUUCCACUGCUAACAAGAUUUUAGUGAGUGAGUCGGCUUCGGCUAACACAUUUACAUAAUAUUAAGUUACAAGUUACAUUUUAUUCAAGGGUGGUAGUAAAGUUAAGUAACUUUACUUGUACUUUACCAUCACAGUACUGUGACCUGUUCUUACCUGUGCAACUUUAACUUACCGUUCAAAAUCAGAAGGAUCACUCGGAAAAAGAUGUCCUUGGUUCCCCAUAUUGCUAAAGAGCUGCUGAAGGAACUGUACUGUGAGAGUCUUGGUUCUCUGCCACACACAAACUACAUCCGACCCUGGCGACUUACCCAAGCUGAAGAUAGUGGCGUGUCCAGUCUAGUCAAGGAUCAAGAUGGCAUCAAGAUCUCUCUCGACGUACAACAGUUUAAGCCGGAAGAGCUAAGUGUAAGAGUUGUCGGUGAUUUCAUUGUAGUAGAAGGGAAUCACGAGGAACGUGUUGACGAACACGGAUUGGUUUCUAGACAAUUUACUCGCCGCUACCACUUGCCUGACAAUGUUGAUAUUGAUGCUAUCAAAUCAACAAUGUCCUCGGACAACGUUUUGCAGUUGACAAUUCCGAAGAAAGUUCUUGACAAGAAAAACAUAGUCAACAUCCCUAUCUCUAAAAUAAACCCUCCACCAUCCCCAUUUACCAGCCCAAAACCACCUGCUGAGAAGAGAAUGAAGAUUGAAGAAGGAGCUUAAGACUGAAGAUUGAAGGAGGUGACCAAGUUAAGACUGAUGAUUGAAGUAGGUGCUUAAGUUAAGAUACAAAUAAAGACUGUAUUAGGAGCUUAUAAGUUAAGAAUGAAUAUUGAAGUAGGUUAAGAUAUAUUUUUGGAUACUUUUUGUUAAAGUUUGUCAUCACCAUUCUCAUUCCUCCUCAAUUGAAACUCAUUGAACUGCAUUAUUCCUACUUAAACACUUAUAGCCUUCACAUUAGCUAAUUGGUGAAAAUGAGUAACUUUAAUACCUAAACUAAAUCUUACUUUACUGAGUUCCAUAACAGGCUAAUAAUUCUAUCUUUUGCUAUAAUAUACUGCUAACUUCAACAGUUCAAGUUACUGCCUCCAAUACCCUCAAACUUUUGAUUCUAAAUUGUUGUUAUUGGUUUUAACUUGCCAAUCUAUAAGUUUCAGAUAGAAGUGUGGUUGUAAAUUAACAGAAAAGAUCCAAAAAGUUUUGUUUACAUAUGAAUGAUAAUUGGAUUGAUGUGGUUUUGUUGUUGAAAUGUAGUUGUAUUUUUUCUUUAGUCAACAUUCCUGUUUAUCAUGUAUAGUUCCUUAAAAGACUGAUUCAUCUCAUUUGUAGUGUAUUUUUGUAAAUCGUAAGGUUAAAAGCUUAGGCUAUUUCAAAGUAUUUGAGCUUGAAAAAAUCUUAAGCUUUGGUAUUAUUCUAUAGCUUUAGUUGUACAAAGUAAUUUAAAGUAACUGUAAGUGUUAGGUAUUUUUAACUGUUUUUAUGUACAAUCAUCUGAUUUUUGUUAUUUACCGUUUAAUCUUUUGUGCUCCACUCUCUCCUUACCGCAAAAUAGCGUAAUACUUUGAUAUCAAUUUUGUGACAAGGUUUUGUAGAAAGAAACAAUUUCUUAUAAAUAUUCAUGCUAUAGAUUUCAAAAUUAUCAUAGUACGCUCAUUCAGUGGUUAAAUCUUUCUGACAGAAAUCCCAUCUCAAUUCAUUGCUCAGGUAACAGGCCCAGGCCUCUACAGUUUAAAUGUGAAAUGUGACGUGCUAUGGGCCCGAGAGACAAUUGCACCCCCUUCCCCCUACUGUGCAGGAAUUUUUCUCUUCCAUUUGCGCCCCUUGACCUAGGCCCUUUUAUUAAAGCGGCCAUGAGAAGGCAAAACUAGUACUUCCGAUGUUAUAGAUUCUUAUUCUUCUGCUAUAGAUAUCUCCAUGAUGUGGCAAACUAGAGUAGUCAGUGUCAAUGGACUGGUGGACUAAUUAGUAAUUACAUGUAGUUCUUGUGGAAACUCCAAGGAUUAUUUAUCUAUUGCUAAGGACUCUGUUGGGACUUGCCAUAGCAAAGUUAUUUUUAGUUCUUGCAUGCUGUGUUUGCUGCAAUUUAUUCAUUUUUUUCUUAAACCAUUCUAAAUUUAUUGUUAUUGUUGCUGUUUUGUGUGAUAGUAAAGCUAUUGCAAUGUCAUAAGUUCAAGGUGGUUUUACUGUGAUAGAUACCACUUUUACAAACCAAUCCAUUAAUACUUUUAAACUUUAAAUUUGUAGACUUAAAUGCUGUUGUGUAUUUUACCAGGCCAUAAAAGCAUUUGUUUGUGCCUGGUUUUGGGUUGAGUAAGGUUGUCUUAUUGCCCAACCAAUUAAUUGUGCGUUGGUUGUUGGUUUAGCUUAACAAUUAUAGGUCAAUAUUUUACAAUAGUUACACCUUUUUUCAAUACUUUUUACAUUAAGAUUUUUAAGUAAGAUAUGGAUUUGAUGGCCAAUAUACAGUUUCAAAAUUUAUGUUAAAAAAGUGAGAAUAGAAUUAAGGUAAGUUGUUGUGUUUUGGUUGUAAGCAUGUUUAUUUAAAUAAAACAUUUUUCUUAAUA